CUAAAAAGCACAAAUAAAGGUAAGGAUGAAGGCCGGGGAAAGAAGCUGAGAAGGAAGUUCUCCGGAACUCUAGAGAACAGGACCAGCUCUGGCUCACAACCCGGGACUUCUUUGUUGAAUAGCUUGGCUUGCUCGAGCGGAUUCCUUUUUAAUAUUAAGCCAAGACAUUGUAAACAAGGUUACAAUGAAGUUCAUACGAUCAGGGGACAAUGGUGAAGAAGGUUGCCGUGAUUGGAGCAGGGGUCAGUGGCCUGAUCUCUCUAAAGUGCUGCGUGGACGAGGGUCUGGAGCCCACCUGCUUUGAAAGGACUGAGGAUAUCGGAGGACUGUGGAGGUUCAAAGAAAACGUGGAAGAUGGCCGAGCCAGCAUCUACCACUCUGUCAUCACCAACACUAGCAAAGAAAUGUCCUGCUUCAGUGACUUCCCAAUGCCGGAGGAUUUCCCCAACUUCCUGCACAACUCUAAACUCCUGGAAUACUUCAGGAUCUUUGCCAAGAAAUUUGAUCUCCUAAAAUAUAUUCAGUUUCAGACAACCGUCAUUAGUGUGAAGAAACGCCCAGAUUUCGCAUCUUCUGGGCAGUGGGACGUGUAUGUUCAGAGCAAUGGCAAGGAGCAGCGUGCUGUCUUUGACGCCGUUAUGGUCUGCAGCGGCCAUCACAUCCAGCCCCACCUGCCACUCAAGUCGUUUCCAGGUAUCGAGAGGUUCCAAGGCCAGUAUUUCCAUAGCCGCCAAUACAAGCACCCAGUGGGGUAUGAGGGGAAACGCAUCCUAGUGGUUGGAAUAGGAAACUCCGCCGCAGACAUUGCCUCUGAACUGAGUAAGAGGGCCGCGCAGGUGUUUGUCAGCACCAGACAUGGUUCCUGGGUAUUGAGCCGAAUCUCUGAAGAUGGCUACCCUUGGGACAUGGUGUUCCACACUAGAUUUAGCUCCAUGCUCCGGAAUGUCCUGCCCCGCACGGUCGUCAAGUGGAUGAUGGAACGACAGAUGAAUCGAUGGUUCAACCAUGAGAAUUACGGCCUGGUGCCUCAGAACAAAUACCUUAUGAAAGAACCUGUAUUAAACGACGACCUCCCCAGCCGCCUGCUGUACGGAGCCAUCAAAGUAAAAACACGGGUAAAGGAGCUCACGGAGACAGCUGUGGUCUUCGAGGAUGGCACGGUGGAGGAAGACGUGGAUGUCAUUGUCUUUGCCACAGGGUAUACGUUCUCUUUUCCUUUCCUGGAAGACUCGCUUGUUAAAGUAGAGGAUAAUAAGGUCUCGCUGUACAAAGCCAUGUUUCCCCCUCACCUGGAGAAGCCAACCCUUGCGUGCAUAGGUCUCAUCCAGCCUCUGGGCUCCAUCUUCCCAACCGUAGAGCUUCAGGCGCGGUGGGCGACAAGAGUUUUCAAAGGCGUGUGUCGCUUGCCUUCGGAGACGACGAUGAUGGCAGACAUUGCUGAAAGAAAUGAGAAAAGAAUUGACCUGUUUGGAAAAAGCCAGAGCCAGAUUCUGCAGACCAAUUACAUUGAUUACCUGGAUGAACUCGCCUUGGAGAUAGGUGCGAAGCCGGACUUCAUCUCUCUCCUUUUCAAAGACCCUAAACUGGCUGUGAAACUCUACUUCGGACCCUGCAAUUCCUACCAGUACCGCCUAGUUGGACCUGGGCAGUGGGAAGGAGCCAGGAAUGCCAUCCUCACCCAGAAGCAGCGGAUCCUGAAGCCGUUAAAGACUCGCACUCUCCAGACCUCAGCUAGUGCCCCAGUGUCUUUCCUGAUUAAGGUCCUGGGGCUGCUUGCUAUUGUUCUGGCCUUCUUUUUCAAGCUUCAUGGGUUCUAAUCUGUCCCAUGACACUUUUCUCCAUCACCGCCUCUUUGAAAGGGAGACUAAAGAAAUUACAUCCUCAUUAUAAUUUUACUUCAGGGGAACAAGUAGGGGGACUGAUUGUAGGGAGAUCAGAAGAAUUAGGUCUAGAUAUAAAGCUAAAUUAAGGUCACAGGAUGCUGUUAUCAUUCUACUAUCUCCUCCAAUUCAUCAGUCUUCACGUGGUAUUCUGUAAUAACACCAGCACAGGUAGAUAGUGCCACCAGUCAUGGCAAGUUUUGAGUUACAAUGAUAAAAAAAAUCUCAAUAAAAUUAUGCAGGAUAAAAAGUUGUAGUUGAGCAUCUUAGCACAUGCCUUUAAUCCUAGCACCUGGGAGACAGAUAGAUCUCCAUGAGUUCGAGGCCAGCCUGACCUAAAGGUUGAGUCCAAGACUACGUAGAGAGACCCUGACUCCAAAAAAAAGAAAGCUGAAGAAGUUAAAUUGUGGUAGACAUUUUGCAUCUUGUACACUAUGCUCAGUGUUAUUCCUAUGCCUACUCUGGUCACAGCUCCCACUUAUUAAUGUCUGCUCUCUUGUCUUGAUAAGAGAUCACUCAGAAAUACUGGUGGACAAAAAUGAGAGGACAGACCAAAUGCAACGACAAUGCUUAAAGAUAUACUUUAAGUCCUCAUAUUGCAAGCUAAGCAAAUAGACCCAACUCUGGUAUAUUGAUAGAAACACUGAUCCCCUAACUACAACAUAUUGAUAUUGCUUCUCACAGACUAGACAUCAUGCUAUGUGUACAUUAUGUAUGUUAUUUUAUUUAAUCCUCACAGCAACUGUGAAAUGGGUAGAGUUAUCUGUAAUUCUCAUUGCACAGAUGACACUGAGGGGGAGACACUAUAGAGCAUUCCCUAAACAGCUGGCCUUAAGAUGAGGCUUCAAUCGAAGCCGUUUGUUGAUCUCAGGAACUAAGGGUCCUAAACUCACCAUGCAAUAGGCUUAUUUAUAAAAACACCACUCUUGGUGAAGUCCUUACUAAUCUUUUAUUUUAAGAUCACACUAUAGUUCUUUUCAUUAACGUAAAGUUUCCUAGAACCAUUAUAGGAAAUGUCUCUCUCCUUACAAAUAGAAUCCAUCUAGGUUCAUUUACAAUAUGAGGUCUAUGUGUUGGCUGGAGUGUAUAAAGCACUUGAGGUAGGCACAAUGGUACAGACAUUUAAUUCCAGCACUAAGGAGGCAAGUAGAUCCCCAUCGAGGCCAGGCUGGUCUACAUAGCAACAUCUGGGCCAGCCAGGGCUACAUGGUGACACCCUGCCUCAAAAGAAAAACAAUCUCAGAGAGAUUUAGAAUGAAAAAUAGCUCCGCGGUAAUCCUUAAUCGUCAACAUCUGAAAGAGUAACAGUCGAAGUAAAGCCUGUCUCCCAAGCAGAUGAAAAAUGUUACAGAUGACUGAGCGAGGGUCUAGAGUGAACAUUGUAGGUAAGAAAGGCAAUCUCAGCCGUUCUCUGUUCGAUUGGCAGACGGCGGGAGUCAGUUAUGAGAGACAUUUUCUUGGAACUGAAAAUUAAAGGAGACACGAGCAAGUCAAUGCUAACAAACCUUGAGCAACAUAGCAAACACCAGGCUACAAACACUCCUGAUAGCAGCUCUUUCCACAAACUGCACUGUGAAAGAUAAACCAUGCCCAGAGCCCAGACCAGUGCUAUCUCUGCAGAGAAGCCAAAGGUCAGGACUUUGAAGGUUAGGGUAAAUAGCUCUUCUUUAUCCCCCAAGCAGUGAUUCUCAACCUUCCUAAUGCCACACCUCUUUAAAACAGUUCCUCAUGUUGUGGUGACCCCCAACCAUGAAAUUAUUUCAUUGCUACUUCAUAACUGUAAUUUCGCUACUCCUAUGAAUCGUAAUGUAAAUAUCUGAUAUGUGACCCCAGGAGGGUGGGGGUCUCAACCCACUGGUUGAGAACUACCGUUUCAAAGCUUUGUGGAAACUAUCUUUAACCCUAACCCCAGCCCCUCUCUCGUUUCUCUCCCCUCAAUCUCCUCCCCCCACUUUCCAAUCAGAUGGCAAUCUCUUCCACAGAAACUUCUUUCUUUUAAGUCCACCGAUCUGGGCUGCAGUUUGCCCAAUUGGUGAAGCACUUGCCUUAUGAGCAUAAAAAUAUGAAUUUGAGCCUCAGAACCCACAUUCUACAAGCCAGCUGUGGCAGCAUGCACUUCUAAUCCCAGCACUGGGCAGGGAGAUGAAAACGGUUUCCUGGGCAUCCCUGGCCAGCCUCGUCUGUUUUAAUGAGUUCCAGGUCAAUGAGAGACCCUGCCUCAGAAAACGAAAGUGGACAAUGCCUGAGGAGCAAUACCAGAGCCUCACCUCUGACCCUCGUACACAUGCUUGCGUACUUUUGCAUGCACCCCUGCACACACACACAUGCAACUACACACACUUGAACACACACAAGCAUAUAGACAUACACAUACAUAUAAAAGUUCGCCAAUAUGCAUUCACAUUUAAGACACUUUACUGUACUUAGAAGCAAAUUCCUUUCAAAAACUACAAAUGAAAAUGUAUUGUAUUGUGUGCACCUAUGAGAUUCUCAAACAAAAGAUUUUUAAACUAAAAAUUACAAGUGAAAUAUAUAUUCUUAGCUCUUGGUGAGAAGCUGAUUACUUGUGCCAGACGAGAUGGCCCAGCAGGUAGAAGAACUUACCACUAGGCGUGAUGAUCUGAGUUCAAUUCACAGGAGGAGAGAACCAAUUCUUCCGAGAUGUUCCUUGACCUCUGUAUGGGCACUCGGACCUACACCCACACACAAUACAUAAAUGAAUAAAAUGCAGUAAAAAUAAA